UUCAUCUCAUCGCCCCCAAACCCAAACCUCUCCUGGCAUCCCACCCCUAUUCACCAAAAAUGAUGAAGUCCCUCUUCCUCUUCUCCGCCCAUCCCAAGCCGCCCCUCAUCCCCUCCCCCAACCUCCGCAAGCUCCUCUGCCUCCGCGCCUCCUCCGCCUCCACCUCCUCCCGCCCCCGCCCGGACCGCCGCACCCCAGGCCCCGCCCGCCCGCGCCAGUCCCUCUACGCCCGCCCCAGCCUCCUCACCAUGGACCGCGACCGCGCCGCCCGCCGCGCCGACGUCGACGCCUACCUCGCCUCCCUCGGCGUCGACCCGGGCGAGCUGGCGGGCCUUGAGCUCCCCGCCACCGUCGACGUCAUGCGGGAGCGCGUCGACUUCCUCCGCUCCCUCGGCCUCACCCCCUCCGACCUCGCCGCCUACCCGCUCGCCCUCGGCUGCAGCGUGCGCAAGAACAUGGUGCCCGUCCUCGACUACCUCGGCAAGCUCGGCGUGCGCCGCGACGAGCUCCCGCACCUGCUCCGCCGCUACCCGCAGGUGCUCCACGCCAGCAUCGUCGUCGACCUGGCCCCCGUCGUCAAGUACCUCCAGGGCAUGGACGUCCGGCCGGGCGACGUGCCCCGCGUGCUCGAGCGCUACCCGGACCUCCUCGGCUUCAAGCUCGAGGGCACCAUCAGCACCUCCGUCGCCUACCUCGUCGCCAUCGGCGUCGCCCGGCGCCGGGUCGGCUCCGUCAUCACCCGUUUCCCCGAGCUGCUGGGCAUGCGGGUGGGCAAGAUCAUCAAGCCCUUCGUCGAACACCUUGAGGGCAUCGGCCUGCACAGGCCGGCCGUCGCAAAAAUCAUCGAGGACAAGCCCUACGUCCUCGGCUUCGGCCUCGAAGAAACAGUCAAGCCCAACAUCGAGGCGCUUCUCGAGUUCGGGGUCAGGAACGAGUCCCUCCCAUCCAUCGUCAUAAAUUACCCCGAUGUUCUCGGCAUCGAGCUCAGAGAGAAGCUCCUCGCGCAGCAGAGCUUGUUCGAGUCCAGCAUUCUGGUCGGCCGCGAUGAUUUCGGAAGGGUGAUCGAGAGGAUGCCGCAGGCCAUCAGCCUCGGGCGAGCCGCGGUUCUGAAGCACGUCAACUUCCUCACGGGCUGCGGCUUCUUACUGUCGCAGGUCAGCAAGAUGGUCGUGGCGUGCCCCCAGUUGCUCGCGCUCAACAUGGACAUAAUGAGGAUGAACUUCGACUACUUCAAGAAUGAGAUGGACAGGGAUCUGGAGGAGCUGGUUGAGUUCCCUGCGUUCUUCACGUAUGGCCUCGAGUCGACCAUCAGGUACCGGCACGAGAUCGUGGCCAAGAAGGGGUUCACGUGCUCGCUCGCGUGGCUUCUUAACUGCUCUGAUGCGAAAUUCGAUGAGCGCAUGAAGUAUGAUACGAUCGGAGUUGAGGAAAUGGAAGAUGACAAUUCAUUCGACACAAAUAGGUUAGCAGGGCAAGCACAAGAUGAGUAUGAUGAAGAUGAGGAUAGCGAUUAUGAUGAUGACACCGAUGACGAGUACAUUGAAUGAUUCGCUUCCUACUUCCUAGUAUCAUCUGUUAGCUCACAAACUUGCAUUUCUGUCUUCAGCUUCAAUGCUCUGUUGUAUAUGAUGCAGUAGCCACUAGAUUGUCAUUUUUCAAGGAUGUGCUUGAUAAACCAAUGCUGGAUAUAAUCAGAUUGUAGCUUAGAGAUCCAAUAUAUUCAGAUAUUUUGAACA